CUUGAUUCCCCUCCCAUGAUGACAUCACUUGCCCAUACAUAAAGGCAGAAGAUGGUGUGGCUUCUAUAAUGCUGAAUCUGUUGGGUAGAGACAACUUUUAAUCUAUUAGUGGCCUGACUAGAAAAUGUCUGAAAACAAAAGCCAAACUCCUGUUGCUGACACCCCAGAGAGCAGGGAACAUGGACAGCAGAAUGUGGUGAGCAGGGUGGCCAACAUGCCUUUGGUCAGCUCUGCCUGUGAUCUGGUUUCCAUGGCCUACACUUCCACUAAAGAGUGCCAUCCCCACAUCAGAGCUCUGUGUGAUGUGGCAGCUAAAGGAGUGAAGACUAUGACUGAAGCUACAAUCGGCUGUGCACAGCCAGUUCUGACUAAACUUAAACCUCAGAUUGCAGCAGCAAAUGAAUUUGCCUGCAAAGGACUGGAUAAGCUGGAGGAGAAACUGCCAAUCCUUCAACAGCCGACUGAUAAGGUUCUUUUGGAUGCCAAAGAGUUGGUGACAGGUACCAGGGAUGCCAUGAACAGCAGAGUGACAGAGGUGCUGGACAAGACCAUGGAGGCAGCAAAAUCAGCAGUAACCAGCAGCAUGAGCACAGUCAUGGGCUCUAGACUGGGGCUUGGGGCUGUGAGCAGAGCAGAAGCUGUGCGGGGGAAAUCAGCAGACAUGGUGGAUCACUCCCUCCCCAUCACAGAUGAUGAACUAGCUAAAUUAUCAGCCUCUGUGAAGGGGUUUGAGGUGGCUUCUGUGGAACAGCAGCAGAAGUACUUUGUGCAUCUGGGGUCUCUGUCCACUGAACUCCGCCAGUGUGCCUACCUGCAGUCCAUGGGCAAAGUGAGACUGCUUCAUCAGAGCAUGCAGGAGAACCUCUCUCAGAUCCAGCACAUCAUAGACCUGAUUCAGAAUGUUAAGCAGAGUGUAGGUAAGAAACUACACCAGGAUCAGCAGAAGCUGCACCAGUUGUGGCUGGAGUGGACUAAGAAGGAGCUUGCAGUAAUUGACAAAGGAUCUGCACAGCCAGAGCAGGUGGAUGCCCUGGUUCUGGUCAUGUCUUGGAGAAUCACUCAGCAGCUGCAGACCAUGUGCCUGAACCUAGUCAUUAUCAUCCAAGGCCUUCCUACCAGCGUUCAGGACAAGAUGCAGCAGGCUCAUCACAAUCUGCAUGAGGUCCAUGCUGUCUUCUCCAAGGCCAGUUCCUUCCAGGGCCUGUCUACCAGUAUCCUGACCUGCAGCAAGCAGAAGCUGCUCAAGGCCCAGGAAUAUGUGGAUGAACUGUUGGAAUAUGUGGUGCAUAAUGCUCAUCUUUCCUGGCUAGUGGGACCCUUUACCUCCUGUGGCAGAACCUCUGUAGAAUUGCAGCACCAGGAAGAUCAUAGGAUGGAGACAGAUUAGAGAAUCCUGCUAGCAUCUUUGCCAAAUACAAGCAUUACUUUUCUAGUCAUAAGGCAGCUGAUGGGGAGGGGGGAGAGAAUAACCUGCUGUCAUAGAGAAUUGCAGCUCUCCUCCCAGAAGAGGCUGAAAGUCCACAUAUCCAAGCCUGCUAUAGAAUCCUAGUGCUAGCAUAAUGUUGCAGGAAAUAAACUGAAGUGGUAUUGAUGAGCUGUAUGGGCUCUGAACUACAUUUCCCCACCCAUGCUUGGAUAACACCAUGGGUUAGAUAAUACCCCUUAAGCUGGAACAUCCCUCAGUGUUAGGUUUGAGACCUUAAGGUGGUUCUCUAUGCAAAUGGUACAUAUCAAACAUGCAGUUCUCAUCUAUCAGUCAUGUAUUGUAUUGCUAUUCACUUAAUCAAAGCUGCAUGCAAAGGAAUAGAUUACUAGGAGAGCUAACCUAGAAAAUGCUUUAAGCACCACUGACUAGAUCAUUUCAAAGCCUAGUACAAAUUUCCUGGACAUGGAGGGUGUAAACCUUGAAUUGGUAGGCCAUAAAUAUAGAACUACCAGAUACCUGUUGUGCAGCUGUCUAGAGCAAAACUUUCUAGAGGAUUUCUUUCCAUUGCAGCAGGUGUUUGGGUAGACCCUAAGCUGCUGAUAACCACUCUCUCCUCUACUCUAAGCAAUUAACUGCUUGUAUUGCAACACUUCUAUGCAUUUAACUCUAACAAAGAAGCAAAGCUGGUGCUGUGUGGUUGUCCAAAAUGUAAAACCUGCCUUUAUGUGAAAGAUGUGACUAAGAUCUCUACUGAAAACCCUUUUAUUUUUGAGACUAAACAUGCUUUGAUAUGUGAGUGGUCGCCAUCUCUCACUAACUGUUCCCCUAACCCUAUCUUAAACUGGGAGCAGGAGCCCUGCUCCUUUGUUAAACCUUCCUUGCUUGUUACUCAGGCUGGGUGAACAGGGGGAGGAGAGUCUAAAAUGUGAAACAGUGCAGCCUAUAUCUAAUGCUCACCAUGCAGCUGGCAGGAGGAGGGGAAUGACUUCUGUCCUUCCUAAAUCAGAAUUAACUACCUGUGCUUAAGGCUGGGCACUAGCAACUCCUGCCUCCUAUUCCUACCUCCUAAAAUAUGUGCAUGUAGCAGCAGAAGUGCAACUUGUAUCCUUACAUGGCUUUAUAGGUGCAGGAAGAAACAACUCUCCAAGCUUUCCUCUCCAGGGAAGUGCACUGUGCGUCUUUUGAACACAGGGUGGAGUGUCCUAGUGGGCAGUGAAUGGUAAGUGUCAACCCCAAGGUUGAUAAGCAGAGGUGUUGCUUCUGCACAUUUGAUAACACAGUACAGCUAGAGCAGUAUCUACUAGGGGAGUGACUGAGCUAGACCUUGCUGCUACCACUCCACAGCUGCAUUUUCUAGGCUAGGUUCCCCCUUUCACCUCUUCAAGUCAACUGCAGUAAAAGAAGAUUGUUUGCUCUUGCCAAGGUGCACAGCAAGAGCCAACAUAGUUCUGACACCACUACCCCAUGGAACUCCCUCUUACCCCUAGUUUUACACUCCAGUAAGCUGAGAAAUCAGUAUCUUUGCAGGGGAAAGUAACAUCUUUCCUAGCUGAGGAACAUAUAAAAGAGUGAAGCUUUCUUGUACAUGCACAGCUUCUUGCCUGCUACCUAAGCAACACCAGCUGUUGGAAUUCAGGUGUCCUCUCAUGGCAAAGAACUAAAGUAUCAAUUGGGACCGAACUGGGUGGGGUCAUCACUAUUGUAACACAUGACAUAAGGUUUAACCAGGUUGGGGUGGGGGGAAGAAGAGAAGCUAGCUCAGUGCAGAUUGGAGAAGUAACCUAACCAUUAGGAAUGGAACAGCAUCUCUUUAUGAGUGACUAAGUAACUACCUCUGAAUACAACAGCAAAAGCCUACCAUUGGCAUUGCAGGAAGGCUAAGCAUCCUUGGGUUGGGCAUUUCCUAACUUGAAGAUUGGACUUUACAAUCUUAAGUCCUUUAGUGCACUACUUUGUUUGUUGAAGUUUAGCUAGAGUCUGAGUAGCUAGAGUUCUCUGAAAGUCCUAUGCAAGGAUGGAGCAAUACUGCAGGGUAGCAGUAUGUGAUGCAUCCACUGUAAAAGGAAGAAAAUGAAAAAGCUUAAUACAGGAAGGGCCAUUGAAAA